GCGAAUUGUCCGUCAUAGGCGGACUUUCGAUCGGACAGUCAACGUUCCACAUGCUGCGUAGAAAUUGUCGUUUAGUGAAAAAGUCGGAAGCAUGGAAUUGUUCCGUACCGACACGCAUUUCAUUUUCGUAAAAGAGAGGCACAGUUUAUGGUGUGACAAGAACACGGGAGAAUUUUCCGCUAAAUCGGAUUGGGAAUGGGCCUCUCCAAAGGAUUUGGAAUGUCUUGGAAUAUUUUAUGGAAUUGUUGGGAAAAUAGAACAGCCAUGUGUAUUGGAACCUCGUUUAAUGCUGAUCAAAGAAGUUUUACCAGCUGGAGAGUUAUAUGGAGGUCAUGUUAUAUAUAAAAUCAAAUCAAUUACAUUUUUGCAUCUUGGCAGUGAAAAUAAUGAUAUUGGACUUUUGCCAUGUAAGAAGCAUCAGAAUUUGCCAAAGAAAAAAAGCCAAGGUGGCUUAUUUGAUGUUCCACAAAAAGCAGCAUUUGCCAAAACAUGGGGAACUAUUAAAAGUGCUACAAACACCAUAAAAAAUACCACUCAACAGGCAGCUGCACUUGCUACAUCUCAGGUAAAAUCUACAGUAAGUAAACGGAAUAUUGUUAAAGACAAAGAAAGAUUUGAGAAGAGAAUUUUGGAUGAGUUAAACAAAAUUUUUACUGAAACUGACUCAUUUUAUUUCUGUCAAACUGGUGAUAUUACCAACAGCUUGCAAAGGCUUUGUGUCGCAGAUUUACAACAGAAUGAGGAAGGAAUAAACAAACCACUUUGGCAAAGAGUAGAUGAUAGGUUCUUUUGGAACAAACAUAUGUUACAGGACAUAAUUAAUUUAAAAACAGACAAGGCAAACUGGUGGAUAUUACCAGUUAUACAGGGAUAUGUGCAAAUAGAAAAGUGUAAAGUAGAAGUGGGCAUUGAUGAACAACCUUACCAUGAAACUUUCAAUUUAGCAAUUAUAUCAAGAAGAAGUAGAUUUCGUGCAGGUACAAGAUAUAAACGCCGCGGUGUCGAUGAUGAAGGCAAAUGUGCAAACUAUGUAGAAACAGAACAAUUAGUUUGGUACCAUGAUCACCAAGUAUCUUUUGUUCAAGUACGAGGUAGUGUGCCUGUAUAUUGGUCUCAACCUGGCUAUAAGUACAAACCACCACCACGUAUAGAUAAAGAUGAAGCAGAAACGCAGAUUGCAUUUGAGAAACAUUUUACCGAAGAACUCGGUUUAUACGGUCCCAUUUGCAUCGUGAAUCUCGUAGAGCAAACCGGCAAGGAAAAAAUUAUUUGGGAAGCUUACAGUAACCAUGUUUUAAAUUAUAAUAAUCCCAAUAUAACGUACACGACUUUCGAUUUUCAUGAAUACUGUCGAGGAAUGCAUUUUGAAAAUGUGUCUAUCCUGGUCAAUGCGUUAGCUACAGUAUUGACAGACAUGGGUUACUGUUGGCGCGAUAAACAAGGCACUAUUUGCAUGCAGAAGGGAGUGUUUCGGGUGAAUUGCAUAGACUGUUUAGAUAGAACGAACGUGGUGCAAACUGCUUUAGGUAAAGCUGUAAUGGAAAUGCAGUUUUCAAAACUAGGACUAAUACCGCCGGACGGAACGUUACCGACAAAUAUCAAACAAACAUUUCAAUUGCUUUGGGCGAAUAAUGGCGACAUUAUCAGUAAACAAUAUGCUGGUACAAAUGCUCUGAAGGGAGAUUACACAAGAACAGGGGAAAGAAAAUUUACCGGUUUAAUGAAAGAUGGCAUGAAUUCUGCAAACAGAUAUUUUCAGCAACACUUUAUGGAUGAUAUACGUCAAGCGGCGAUAGAUACCUUGCUAGGGAAUCCCAUCGAUGUUAAUCAACUGAAUACCGAUUGGUCGCACUAUUUAGACAUCCUUGAUAAUUGCUGCCUUGAGCUAAUACCCGCGAAACCACCAAACAUAGAGCUUCAACUUGCCACCUAUCCUGACUUUCUUUAUGCCAGUGCUAUGUAUCGUUUGGCAAGAUACUAUUUAAAUCGCUUCAAGGAUGUUUAUAGACAAGCCACAAUUGAUAUGAUGUUAGGGAACUCAGUAAACGAGGAAGUUUUUCAAGAACGUACCGAAGAGGAAGAUAAUGCUGCUACAGCAAUUCAUGUAAAAUUACUGAUAGAGGAUUGCAAGAAACUACUUAUACCUGACCCAGAAGUUAUUUUAGGAAGUUGGGGUCUUAUAGACGCAGAUCCCGUAACUGGUGACUUAACAGAGACAGAAAUGGACACUAUUCUAAUAUUAACACGCGAUAGCUAUUAUGUAGCUGAUUAUGAUGAUCAAAUUGACAAAGUUACAAAUUACCAAAGAGUUCCACUCGAAAAUAUUAUACUGAUCGAGUUCGGCCAGCCGGAGAGUUCAGUCUCCCUUUUUAAAAAUAAGCAUUUCUACUGCAUUAGAAUAAAUUACAAAAUGGUCAAUGAGUGCGGUUAUUUUCACAUGUUCCGCAGUACAAAUUUAAGAUUUUUUAAUAAUAUGGCUGUUGUUAUAAAAACAGAGGAAGAAAGUAUAGAGUCUUUAAAGUCAAUUUGCGAGGCUAUCUCUGUGGCCAUGGAGAUAGCUGGUUUACCAAAGAUUCCUAUAGCAAUGAAUGUCACUUUAGAUAGGCGAAAGAGUAAAUUAGUGAACAGCAAAGGAUCCACGGGUUUGCUGGAUAUUUCAUCAUUUCCGGAAUUGACCAGAAAUGUCUCAGAAACGCAGUUACUAGCUCUUAAAAGUGCAGGAACAAAAGCUUUAAGCAACAUGUCUGAACAAUUUAGCAAGUUAAAUAAGUUAAGUCACAGCUUUAGUGCUAGGAAACCAAUUGACAUAGCAAAAAGUAUAGGCAGAAAGUCUGAAACACCUCCCAAACCCACUUUUACUGUUGGUGGCAGGGAUAUCUCAGGAAAUGUGCAAGGAAAACAUAAUAGCAGCAGUAGUAGUAGUGACGAUGAAGACAUUGACAUCCCUCCUGUUCCUUUAGAAAAGCCAGAGAACUUUAGUCAUGAUAAAAAUCUGAUGGAAGCAUAUACUCCAUCAAUUGGUAUCAUAAUGGGUGUUAAAAACACAGAUGUAGUAGACUCUGAGAACAACGAAGACCAAAAUUUGUCGAUGCGUCCUAACAAAUUGUCUGAACAGGGUUCUAAUAGGGAAGUUUUAAAUAUACCACAAUCUGGUUCUGGAACCAGUAGUGUAAAUACAUCUCCUCAAAAGACGCCAGAAAUAACUAUACAAAAUGUGACAGAUGAGAAAGAAAGAGUACUUCCACCAUCGACAUUGACACUGUCUAAAAACAUCAGUCAUUCAACUGGAGAAGUUGAUAGCAAGCUUAUGCUUAGUAAUAUAAAUGGAAAUAAAUUGCAAACGGAAAGCAGGUUGCAAGAUAAGAAAAGAUCUACGUCUGAACAAGAUUUAACUUUGAAUAUUACAUCUUCUCAGAGUGAAUCUGCUUUGAAAUCGAUAAAAACUAAUAUAACAAAUGUUGCAAGUCCUGUGGCAUCUACUGCCAAAGAUAUUUUAUCACCUUUUUCGAAGUUUGCAAAAGGCGUGCAAACUUUAGGAGCAAAUUUAGAUCCUAGGAAACUAAAACCAGGACAAGUAGGAUUAUCGAGAAAUCUCUCGGAUCAUCACGUGAGACAACGUCAGAAAUUGCAAGAAAGCUGGGAUUUAUGUCAAUCUAAGCUAAUAGCUUUAUAACUUUUUCAAAAUAGUUUGAAGUCUGAAUGUGUA